ACGCAAGAUAGUAGCUUUCACUCAAAGGACAUUUAAAUGGCUACACUGUAUAGCACCCACUGUAUAUUGGAUCGCGCAAUACGAAUAGUAACAUUGUUUAUAUGUACGUUGUAACAAACCGCGCUUGAGUCGACUCUGCUUUGCAACUGCGUUGUAAUUUGGACCCGAAUCUAUUUGCUGUGUACCCUUUGGAACAGUCAAAAUGAACGAGGAGGAAGACUUUUUGCAGAAAACAAGGCAGGGGUUUGAAGAUCUCUGUCGAGCUUUGAAUAUGGACGAGGAGGCGAGCAACGAAGCAUGGAAGAGCUACGAAAACAUAAGCAAAAAUUACACAUUAGAGGGCAGUGAGCUACACUGGUUAGCCUGUGCUCUCUAUGUGGCCUGCAGGACAGCCAUACCAACGGUGGGUAAGGGCACCGCGGAGGGAAACUAUGUCUCUCUGACCAGGAUCCUCAGCUGUUCAGAACAAAGCCUCAUUGAGUUCUUUAACAAGAUGAAGAAAUGGCAGGACAUGGCAAGUCUGCCCCAAGAAUUUUGCCAGAGCACGGAGAAGCUGGAGAGGAAUUUCACAAUUUCCGCCGUCAUCUUCAAGAAAUAUAUCCCCAUAUUUAAAGCCAUCUUUAAGGCACCCUCUGACGACCCACCCAGAGUCCACAGGAGCCGCAAACAGAGGCGCCAUCCCUGCACCGUCGCUGAAGUCUUCAACUUCUGCUGGAUUCUGUUUGUCAACGCUAAAGGAAACUUCCCUAUGAUUAGUGAUGACCUGGUGAACUCAUACCACCUGCUGCUGUGUGCUCUGGACCUGGUUUUCUCCAACGCUCUGCUGUGUAACACCAGGAAGGAGCUGCUCAACCCCAACUUCAAAGGCCUUCCUGAGGACUUCAACAGUAAGGACUACAAGCCUACUGCGGGGCCUUACUGCUUCAUAGAACAGCUGUGUGAACUGCAUGAUGGCCUGGUGCUGGAGGCCAAGGGGGUCAAGGAACACUUCUGGAAACCGUUCAUCAAGAGGCUCUUCCAUAAGAAGAUUCUCAAAGGGAAAGAAGAUAGCUUGACUGGCUUCUUCGAUCCUAUGAAUUUUGGAGACAGUUUUGCGUCCAUGGGGCGUGUGUACGAGGAGCAUGUUCUAGCCACAGGGGGUCUGGAUGAGAGGAUCUUCCUGGGAGAGGGGGCCAAUGAAGACAUUGGCACACCAGGCCCCUGUCUCUGUGUGGGAGUAAAGAACCAGGACGCCUCCGCAUACAGACUCUACAGCAGUCUGACUGCCUCGGCCUUGAAGGUGUCUACUCCCCUGACGGGUCUUAAGUAUGUCCAGGACAACUGUCUGGGCACGCCGGUAUCUACAGCCAUGCAGAGUGUUGGCCGACUCCACAGCCUGCUCACAGGACUCAAACACCGCCCCAGUGGCAGACUCACAGACUUACUGAGGGCGUGUGCCAGAGACCCAAGUGAGACCAUCUCCACUAGGCUGAAGGACAUGUGCCAGGUCUAUUGUCAGCACUUUGAGGGCAAAGGGGAGGAGAACGCAGGACUGGGGAAAGACAUCGCAGUGAAGUACUUCCGCCUGGCGGAGGCGCUCUACUAUAAAACCCUGGAGGCCGUCAUUGACCAGGAGAAAGAGAGACUGGGCGACACGGACCUCUCUGGUAUUCUGGAGCAGGAUGUGUUCCAGCGCUCUCUGCUGGCCUGCUGUCUAGAGAUUGUCAUCUUCUCCUACCGACCCCCAGGGGACUUCCCACGAGUCAUACACAUCUUCCAGCUCCCCGCAUACCACUUCUACAAGGUGAUUGAGGUGCUGGUACGGGCAGAGCAGGGCUUGUUCAGGGAGGUAGUGAAGCAUCUCAACCAGGUGGAGGAGCAGGUCCUGGAGAGCCUGGCCUGGAGGGGGGGAUCCCCGCUGUGGGACAGCGUCAGGGAGGCCAAGAACCAGCCACCAGCUUGCCAGGAGGUGAUGCCACCGCAGCACCUGGAGGAUGGGAAUGGAGACAGCAGUGCUGGCAGUGCCCCUCUCUUCCCUAACAACCAUGGCACUGACCUAAGCACCAACAGUGGUGGGAAAGGUGUUUCUCCCUCUCCCACCACCCUGUUGGACCGCUACAGCUCCCCGCCCACGGGCUCGGCCAGGAGACGGCUGUUUGUGGACGCUUCCUUCGAUACCCCAUCGGACCCCUCCUCCACCACCACCACCACCACCGUCAGGACCUCCCAGGCCAUCGUCACCACCACCAUCCCUGCUGGACAGACAGUGGUCACUAUGGCAACAGCCACGGUUACCGCUAACAAUGGACAGACGGUCACCAUACCCGUGCAAGGAAUAGCCAAUGAGAAUGGGGGCAUCACCUUCAUCCCUGUCCAGGUGAGUGUGACGGGACAAGGCACGGCCAUGCUCCAGCCCCUCUCUGCCCAGUCCCUGACUGGCACUUUGACCAGCCAACCACAGACCACCACUACCCUGAACAGUCCUGCCCCACAGGGCAGCCCCGCCACCAGUAAACCAAUCAAGAAGCUGGCAGCCCAGGUCCUGUCCACUAACAAGCCUCAGAAAAAGGGUUCCCUCUCGCUGUUCUUCCGCAAGGUGUACCACAUGGCCAGUGUGCGUCUGAGAGACUUGUGUGCCAAGCUGGACAUCUCUAGUGAGCUGAGGAGGAAGAUCUGGACGUGUUUUGAGUAUUCCCUGGUGCAAUGCACAGAGCUCAUGAUGGACCGACACCUAGACCAGCUCCUCAUGUGUGCAGUUUACGUCAUGACCAAGGUGACCAAAGAGGACAAGUCUUUCCAGAACAUCAUGAAGUGCUACCGCUCUCAGCCCCAGGCCAGCAGCAGCGUCUACCGGAGUGUGUUGAUCUCUGGGAAGAAGAAACGUCUCUUGGGCAGCAGUGUGGGAAACACACAGAACUCUCCCACAGACAACAGCCAGAAGCAGGGGAGUGGAGACAGCAGCCCGGUGCCCAUGUGUUCCACCAGCACCCUACCUGCCUCGCAGCCUGGCAGCAUUCCAUCCACCCCCACCCUGGCCCCCUCCACCUCCUCAUCCCUCCCUCCCUCCCAGGAGCAGGAUAAGGAGGGGGGAGUGGUGGGGGAGGAGGAGCGAGGAGACCUCAUCCACUUCUACAACCGGGUCUACAUCAAACAGAUGCGUCACUUUGCCCUCCGCUACUCGCCCAGCUCGCCCUCUGCAGGGGUACAGUCUCCUCCCCUGUGCCCGUACCCCUCCCUGAGGACCAGCUCCCCUCGCAGGGUCCUUCUGUCCCACAACCACUCGAUCUACAUCUCCCCCCACAAGACUACUGGAAGCCCCCCCACCCCCUCCACAACCGCACGGGACAAGAUCUUCUACUACAUCUGCAGCAGCCCAUCCAACCGCCUGGCGGAGAUCAACAGUAUGAUCCGCACCGGGGAGACACCCACCAAGAAGCGCAGCAUGCAGCUUGAGGAAGAGCCAUCGCCCAAGAGGGUGUGUCCAGACAACCAGACGGCCCUGCUCCGCAGAUUACAGGACGUGGCCAACGACCGUAGCUCCUCCCACUGAGGCAGGACACAACCCCUUCAGGCCACACCACAGGCUGAAGUCGCUAGUCACUAGAUGGUCAUGAUAGAAAGGAACAUUUUGGCAAGAUAAUAAAUAUCAACAUUUUAUGAGCAUAUAUUUGUUUUUCAUUUAGGGGUAAGGACAGGCGUAAGGUUAGUUGUUAGUGUUCAUGGUCAGUGGUUGGUAGUUCUUAUGAUUUGUGUCUAGAAAGUACCAUACUUCUGUCCAUGGCCAGAUUGUGAUGAACGACUCAAUUAUUUUAUCACCAUGGCAAUAAGACUAGUUGGUUGUUUUAGCAACAAAACCGAUGCGUGCGCGAUUAUGGUGCAGAACAGACGGGGUUGGCUUAAUUGUUGACAUGUCAACUAUAUUUCGUCUCCAAUGUUUAUUGAAAACAUAUAUACAAUUGAAGUCGGAAGUUUACAUAAACUUAGGUUGGAGUCAUUAGAACUCAUUUUUUCAACAACUCCACAAAUGUAUUGUUAACAAACUAUAGUU